GCAAGAAGAUGGCAAGCAGGCUCCUAAUUCUACUACUGACGGUGGUCAUUCCAGUCGCUGCCACAUCAGGCAACAAAACUCUAAGGAAUUGGGUCACAGCUGGUUGUGUGGUCAUCCUGGUGACAGUUGUGUUGCUCCUCAUCAUGUGGAAAUGCAUCAGUCAUCUAAAGAAGCGAGAUGAAAUGCAAAGUCUUCAGAACACAUCCUCAGAUUGCGAUGUGGAGAUCUCAUCUCCAAGAGACCCACUGCCUUUGCAGGUCAUUUGGCCUGGGUCAAAGACCCAGAGUCCCCAACAAGCCUCCAGACUGACUGUGAAGCACAUGCAGCCUCCUAUUAAGUGGGUACCAGAUGCUGUUUACCCAGGAGUAAAAUGUCAGAAGCAUGAAGCUGACCACUCUCUUCUAUCUAGUGCUGAAAUCAAGAAUGUUGGAGCUGUACCUCCACUUCUCCACAUGCCUCCAUGGCAUGUCACUUAGUUACAUUAUGAACUACAGUGAUAAAUUUGCUUUUUUUUUUUUAAAUAGACAGGUCAUUAACUUGAUUCUAUUCAGCAAAUACAGGAAGAGAGUAGUGUAGAACUUUCAGGAUCUGUUACUGAAGAAUCUGUCAUAGCAACUAAUAAAAUUACACUGUUUCUCACAGUCUGUGUUGAAGUUUCAUCACCUGCAUACCCUAACCUGGUGUUUAAGGAGAAAUGUCGACCAAAAUGUAGCAAACAAGAUGCUGAAUCCAAGAUCUUCAUGAUAAUCUGAUAAAGCAAGGUACAAAUUCUGAUGGAGGAACGACUUCUGCAGUAUGUUUGGUCCCGACCAGGGUUUGAGCUUGGAUCAGAUGGUACAACCAAAUACUGAUAAAUACCCAAUCAUGAGAGAUGAACUCUCAAUGGAAAUGAGAUCCUAUAGGUGUUAACAGUGUUAAAUAUUUUAACACAUGGGUCAGAAGUAUGAGCCCCAGAUAUUGUUUAGUUGCAGUGGGAUUACAGUCCUUCGGCACUGCAGCAUCAAAUAGGUCUGUUGUACUAGCCCUUGAUGGUAGAUGAGUAUGGAGAAUCUGUGAAAUAAUAAUUGGCAUGGUAAAACUUGGAGCACUUGAUCACCACAAAUUCCACAAGGACUGAAUUCAGGCCUUCAUGUUAAGCAGUGACUGGCUAACUGCCUGAGCUAUUGCAUGGACAGUGUGGGCCCUAACAAAUGAAAGCAAGACUAAAGCACUUGAAAGGGAUUCUUGGUGCCUCAACUACAACACAGUUAAAACAGAAAGCUAAUGUGGUCUCCAUGUCUUCAGACUCUUCAACAUGGUUAUUUGGUACAGAUCAAUAAAUGGAAACAGGAAAUUCAGAGUCAUAAAAACAAGAUGAAUUUGGGUCAAGGAAUCCAGAAACAUCAUCAGCUGUACAAAAACUAACAUUUUCUUAUAAUAAAAACAAGAACCCAUUUUUUGUAUGGGACAUUACUGCAUUCCUUGUCAAUGUCACAUUGUAAGGUAAAGUUGUCCCUGCACUUAACUAAUUGAGCACUACAACAUGAAGGUGUAUGGUGGAGUGGAUGUAUAGAUCCACACAAUGUAACAAUGUACAAAAGUUAAAACUUCCUUGAAAGACCACAAUAGGAGAAUUAAAUGAAAGUUCAGAAACGUGAUUUACAUGGGGAGACAAAGAACACACAGCUGGGAAUAAUGUAAUUAUAAUGCAAAUAUUAAAAGACUGGAGUGUAUUUUUGAUUUUAUUAUUUAUUUUAAGCAAGUUUUUUUACCAAAAAAGGGCAUCUAAAAAUGAUUGGAUAUCAAAAGGUAUGAACACAUCUUACAAACAUGAGAACUUUACCUAAAUAGUCAAUUUUGUGUAAUCCUGAUGAGAAUUUGCUACAGGAAUUACUGCAAUGUUUUAACUAAAGUCAUUAAAACAAACCAAACAUUGGUAUUAUAAUAAACAAAUAUUGGAGUCAAAUAAAAAACUAAAGGCAGUCUGGAAAUUUCUGAAAAAGGAAAUAUGUAUACACUCUUCCAGAGAUCCCAUCAAUAAAGAUAAAUUGUAAUACAGGAAGUUCUGAUCACUUACUUUCCUUUCACUAUAUUGUCAUACAAGCGAGUGACUAUAGACAAGGUUUGGAUUGGUAAUUCAAUUUACAGAACUCUCAAACAACUCAUGACUACACUUUACAAAUCACUAUCACAUACAUACUAAGUGUUCUCAGUCACUGUCUUCACUUCACUGCUUGGUAGCAGCUUCCCCUUCCUAUGGGUACCUGAACUGUCCUCAUGAAACUAGUCAGGCUGACUAAAAUGUGUUUAAACGAAACGUAUGGUAAAGUCCAUAUAGGUAACAUUUGU